AUGGAGUCCUUCUACGCCGCGGUGAACGACCGCCAGCUGGAGACUGCCCUGGACAUGCUGGACGAUGAGGUGGUCUAUGAGGACUUCACCUUCCAGGAGCCCUUCCGGGGGCGCCAGGGCGUGCGGGAGCUCCUCUCAGAGGCCAUGGAGCUGCCCAAGGGCCUGGACUUCGUCAUCGACGAGGUCGCGGGCGGAGAUUCCCUCUUCGGUGAUGAUGCCGUGGGCAUGACAUGGCAUGUGGAGUUUGAUGGUGUGGAACUGCCCAACAGCCGCGGAGCCUCCCUGUACAAGACCCGGAAUGGCAAGCUGCUCUACGCCCGGGACAUCGUCGAGUCCCCGCUGAAGCUCGGCGGCGCCGCGCUGGGCAUCGUGGGCUUCCUCGCCGGCCUCGUGAGGGCCUCCAAGGAUGGUCUGCCAAUCGCCUUCCUGGGGUUUGCCACUGCUGGGGCGUUGUACUGGUACAUCCUUCUGCUGUCCCCGCAGGGCCAGUUUCCCUUCCUCGAGGGGCCCCCUGCCUGGGCCAUCGACGCAACAACCCUGCGCAAUGUGAUUGAGGAAUCCUUGGAUUUCUUCUACAUUUGGCCUGGCCUGGACUACUUGGGCCUUCCCAGUCCCAGCAGCCUGGGCUUUCCUUUGCCCGUGGUGGAUCCGCUGCGCUUGGCAGUUUUCAACCUGGCAGAGGCCUACGCCUUCAUGUUUUUGCCCUUGCUGCUUUGGGAUCGGCCGCAGCGGAACGUGGUCAGCUGGUGGGCGCCUGCGAUGUUCCUCACCAAUGCGAUCCUGCUGCCUUACUUUGCGACCCGGUCGCUUGCACCUCGGCGAAGGGCAGUGAGCGGAGCAGGGGGCUGUUGA